AUGGCUCGUUCGCCAAGCCGUUCGCCUUCGCGCUCCCGCGGUGUAAGUUUCUUUUCUUUUCGAUUACCUUCUACGGAAAAAAUCAAUCGACUUUACUCUUUCACUCACCCCUCUUCAGUUAUUCCCAACUUUGCGUGUAUUUUCUGCUGAAAUUCAUAGCAAACUCUCUGCAGACUCCUUCCAAAAUCUGUGACCUGUGUGGGAAGAAAAUGAAGAAAACAUUUGGCCCCUAAUGAAGAGGAAAUCAGCAGAAGAAAAGGAGGAAAGGAGGGCUUCUUAGAAGAAAGAAAAUGGGAUUGUGAAGAAAGAAAGACAAAAAGAAAAUGUGGAUGUGGGAUAUGAAGAUCAGAAAAGGAUCAAAAUGAGAAAGAAGACCAAAAACGGCCUCCAGUUCUCCGCUCCCGAUGAAGAACACCCCAAUGUUUUGCAGAAUUCGCACGACCGCUCCAGAUCCAACUCGCGAUCGCCUUCGCCCGACUAUCGGAGAGAUCGAAUCAGGUAAGUUACGUGAAUCUGUAUCUCACGUUUUGCAUACUAAGCUUGCGCUUUUUUUUUGCGAUUUUUCCACGCCCAGCAAGGUCAUUUCGGCAAAAAAUGGAAGAUGUACCGUUUUUCAUAAAACCUCCAGUGCAAGCGUUACGGUACUGAUAGCAUAGAAAUCUUUCGGUUUUACUUUUUCCCUUCAAUAGUCAAAUUUUCCAGUUCGCGUUCCCGUUCGCCACGUGACCGUCGUGGUGGUGGUGGAGCCCGUUUCGGAGGAGGAGGUGGUGGUGGAGGUGCCCAUCGAGAGAAUCCGCCGCCGUCCAAGUGUCUCGGAGUGUUCAAUCUCUCCUCGUACACCACCGAAAAAGAUCUUCGCGACGUGUUCGGCGAGUUCGGAGAGAUCGACAAGUGCGAGUUGGUGUACGACCGCCCGUCGGGACACUCGCGCGGAUUCGGCUUCAUCUACUACCAAAAGAUGGACGACGCGGCGGCUGCGCGCGAUAAGCUGUGCAAUACGGAUUUGGACGGACACAAGAUCCGCGUCGACUACUCGUUCACCAAGCGCGGACACUCUCCGACUCCGGGACAGUACAUGGGAGAACGUCGUGGGGGACACAGCGGAGGAUAUGGUGGAGGCGGUGAGAGACACCAAGAUCGAGGAGGCCGUGGCGGCGGAGACCGCUACAGCAGCGGACGUAGAUCGCCGGACCGUCGGUGAGCUUGAUUUUCUGCGAAUAUUCUCUGAAAACUUGUAAUUUUCAGCUCGCACUACAACGGAGGAGGAAGUUACCGUGGCGGCGGCGGAAACGGAUACGAUCGAAACGGCGGAGAGCGUCGCGAGCAUCGUGGCGGAGAAUAUCGUGGAAGCAACGGAGGAGGAGACCGUCGUCCGUACGACCCGCAGAACAGAAGACGCGUCGAAUCAUACGCAUCGAGCAACAGCAGCCGUGACGGAGGACGUCGCCGCAGCCCGUAUUGA